AUUCAGAAGUCUUGAUUGCUGUGAUGGGCUCUCAGCCUUCAUUCUACAAGAGGGUCCAACCAAAUUCCUACUUCACUCGAAUCAUUUACCCCCUAGGAGAAUGGUCACAGGAGGAAUAUGAAAUAUCUGAUUUUAAAGGAAAAGAGAUAAUAGUGGGAGCUUUCAACUGCUCUGUAUUUUCUGAAUUAGGAACUAUGGACAGUGAUAGUGAAGCAGCUGCUACAAAAGGAGCAGAGAUAAAACUUCUACAAGAAAUUUUUAAAAGGCUAAACCUGACAUACAGAAUAAAAGUACCAAGUGACGGAGACCCAUGGGGCAGGCUGGUACGUGGUAAAUGGUCAGGUGGGGUAUUGAAAAUGGUCAACAAAGGCGAUGUGGACAUUGCAAUCUGUGGCUUAUGGAUUACUUAUCCAAAAGAGGUCUCGGGCAUCACAAUGUCCUACCCUCUUGGACAAUUGUGCAUGAGAUUGCUCGUACCAAAACCAAAACUCUUAAGUACCAAAUGGUAUGAUAUAGUGAGUCCAUUUCAAGGCAGUCUUUGGAUGUCUAUCAUUGCUGUCAUAAUUAUUGGUGCAUUCCUUCUUCAAAUAUUUAAAAAGUUCUCAAGAUUGGAUCAAAGUGACAAAGGACACAAUUUUUUGAUCUGCUUGUUACAAGUCAUUUCUAUUUUCCUGUUAAGUGGUGUACUAAAGACAAAACGAGGAGCACUGAGGCAGCUUGUGACAUGGCUGGUAGUAUUUAGCUUUGUCUUGACGACAUGCUUUUCAAGUGGUUUAAUUUCAAAUUUAACAUCGCCUCGGUACACCAAGAAAAUAGAAACAAUCGAGGACCUUUAUCGCAAUGGCUUCUUUUGGACAACAAGCACUGUGCCAGAUUUGGAAGUCAUGUUCAACCAGGAAGAUUAUUGGCAAAACUUGUGGACAAAACGGUUAAGGGUAAUUCCACUAGAGGAAGAAGUUGAGCGGCUGAUGAUGUCAGGGAAACUAGUAAAAUAUGGAAAACAGUACAAGGAAGCAUUCUUUUUUGAAGAACAUUUCAAUAAGGAAGUACUUGAGGAGUUUGAAGUAGCAUCGUACUGCAACCAGAAAUACUUUUUCAGUUUUGCCAACAGGCGUGGCUCGCCGUACAUAGAAUCAUUCAGAAAGUUCAUCCAUAGGUUCCACAACGGUGGUCUCAUAGAGAAAGAGAUGAACCAUGCAGUAAAUGAACUCGUUUUGCAUCAACCGUAUGUUAAAGAGGUGUUGCGUAUGACCAAAGGUAGGAUGGGAGUACCCCAGGUUCUCAGUCUCAACAAUUUGAGAGGUGCAUUUUUCAUAUGGAGCAUUGGUAUAGCAGCUUCGAUGGUUUCUUUUGCAAUUGAGAAAUAUUUCUCCCAAUGGAUCAAGUGUAUUGACAUAUGAAUAGAAUACAAUUACCAGCACAUUUACAAAAGUAUUUUAUAACUCUUGAUGCUCGACCACUCAGAAAGUCAAAAUAAGUAUGAUGUAUUAGACAGACAGAUGUUUAAUAUAGUACUCCUUUUUCUAUGGAACUCCAUA